GCAUCUCUAUUAAAGAGUAUUGCUUUUAACUUUUUGACAAUGCGUGCGCGUUCCUAUCGUUUGUUGUUGGUCGUGGUGCGUUCAAAUAGCUAAAUUGAAUAGUAAAAGUGACUAAAUGUGUAAGACAGCAUAUAUAUAAAUAACAGUAAAGACACGCCAGUUGAAUUGAUAAGCAGUUAAUCAAGUACACCGCCAUUGGCAGUAGCUAGCCGCACGCUUAGCCAAAUAAACAGGCACACACACACAUCUACUUACCAUAUACGUACAUAGUUAUUACAAUUGGCUGCAGCUUGCAGCUGCAACGAAAAUCCUUAACGAAGCAGACGCAGCUCUACAAUAAUGAUCAAUUUGGAUACAACAAACAAAAAUCAAUCGUCAAUAAUGCAGCCGAUGCCAUUUUUCCAGGACGAGGCUCUGCGAUUGGAUGUGAUAAACGAUGCCGAGUUCAAAUCGAUACCAUUCAUCAAUACAAAUGAGCACGACUCGAUCGAUAAUGAGAACGGAUCGACACCACGAGCGUUUCUCUUUCUCGAUGCCGACGAGAAUCUGCAGAUAGCGACCCCGGAAUUGUUUUGCAAGAAGCUGAAGUGUCAGAGUCUGGACAAAAUCAAAGUGAUCUCAAUAUUUGGCAACACUGGAGAUGGCAAAUCGCAUACGAUGAAUCAGGUAUUUUUCGAUGGCGAGCCCGUGUUUCGCACAUCGCCAGAGCAAAGCUCCUGCACGAUUGGCGUCUAUGCGGCUAUGCAGCGGGAGCAGGGUGUCCUCUGCCUAGACACGGAAGGAUUGUUGGGCACCACGGCCAAAAGCAACAAACGCAUGCGCAUGCUACUCAAGAUUUUAGCCAUUUCGGAUAUUGUGGUUUAUCGCACACGCUCGGAGCGUUUGCACAGUGAUAUGUACGAGUUUCUGGGCACCGCCUCGAAGGCGUUCUGCCUGCAUUUCACUCAGGCGCUGCAGGCCAUGGGCAAUGGCAGCACUCUGGGACCAGCUGUGAUCAUAUUCCAUGAGACUCACUACACAAAGCCGCUGGAGAGCACUGUCGAGGAGAGCGCCGAGGACAAGCUGCGCAACAACUUCGCGCUGCUGAAUUAUGAGACGAACGCGUUUAGUUCGCUGCGCUACGUGGGCAUCCAGACGGACGCAAAUAAGUCGACGAAUUUCAAAAAAAUUAGCGAUGCACUGCAUCUGGAGAUAGAGAAUACGGCGGUGAGAUCGCCACGGCAGCCCGCCGUCGUAUUCAAGGCGAUGAAACUACUGAAUCAGAAGUUCGCUGGCGAAAUUAUCGAAAAAGCAAUAAAUCCGUUUCCGGAGCAAUACUUCACCUGCGGUGCCCACUGCGAGUCGUGCAGCCGCCGCUGCCAGCGCUCGAUGGGGCACGUGAGCGACGGGGAGCCGCACUUCAAUACGCAGCCCUGCAACUACCAGCACCAGUUCGGCAACAAGCUCUACCUGUGCAAGGCCUGCUACAACAAUGGCAAGGAGAUCGUGGUCAGCGUGCGAGCGCAGGCGCAGACGGACACCGCCUGGUCGGGCCUGGCCAAAUACGUGUGGAAGGGCGACGUGAUCGAGUGCCCGUACUGCGGCGAGAUCUAUCGAGCGCGCCAAUAUUGGUACGGCAAUAAGUCACCCGAGGCGUCGGUAGUGCAUGUGCAGGUCGUGCAUGUCUGGAAAGGUGGCAAUGCGGUGCUGCGCGCUAAUGCGCACUCCGCCCAAAUGGUGCUCGACAGCGUCAACAGCAUCAGCGAGGCAUUUACCAACAUCUCGGCGCCCUGGGCGAAGGCACUGAGCGGCAUGCUGGCGGACAAGGUGGCGCCCAGCUAUUGGCGGCCCAAUCAGGAGAUAAUUAUGUGCCACGCCUGCAGGCGCAGCUUUGAGAAGUCUGGCAUGCCGAAACAUCACUGUCGCGGCUGUGGCGAGGGCUUCUGCCACACGUGCAGCCAGCACAGGGUGCCCGUGCCGGGGCGAGGCUGGCUGCAGCCCGUGCGCGUCUGCAACGAUUGCUAUCAACAGCUGCAGCGCAAGUCGGACGCGACGCCAGGCUCUCGUCCGACGAACGAUGAAGGCGACAUUCUGGUGCGGAAAUAUGGCGAGACGAUCUAUAACACGAUCAGCAGCGUCGCAGCCGUGGCCAUAGACUAUCCCAAGGCUAUGAUCAAGGACAGCGCACGUCCUGCCUAUUGGGUGCCUGAUGCGGAAUCGCCCAAUUGUUUCAUAUGCAAAUCCGUUUUUGGACGCGCCGAGGAGCUCGAGCUAGCCAAGAACUCGAGCGAACGCGGCAAGCCAAAGGGCAGCAGCAAAACAGAUGCCAGAGGCAGCAGCAGCAAUGGUGGAAGUGGACCAAGAGUUGGAGCUGCAGGGGCAGGAGCAGAUGGACCUGGUGACUGUAGACGUCACCAUUGCCGACGCUGCGGCCAGGCGGUUUGCAGCAACUGCUCGAAGCGCCGCAUGCCCGUGCUGGAGCGCGGCUGGCAGACGGAUGUGCGCGUGUGCGAUGCCUGUGCCUGUGUGCCGAGCGGAUCGCAGCACAGCGGCAACAACAUCAGCAGCGCCAUCUCGGAUGCCCUCAACGAGGACGAGGCGAUGCCGCCGAAUGGCCUAUGCGAGAAUCGCCGGGAGAGCAACAGAAGCAGCAUUCGCAGCACCAGCUCCAGCUCCGACUGCCGCAAUUGCAAUGCCAGCGACGACGUCAAGGCCAAGUCCGAAUGAGACGCGGCCCGUCAGGGCACUCCCAACACCCAGACGCGUGCCCAACCCAAUUCCGAUCAACCAGUCACAAUUUGGAGCAUGUGCCCAGGCAGGCGCAAGGCUCCUUAAACAGAUGCUGCUCCCCGACUCACU